ACAUAUUAUGAUAUUCCAAGGCAACUUUUCAAAAAUGGUGGUCUUAUGGCGUGUGUGCUUGAACUUUGCUGUCAUUCAUUCCGUCAGAGGUGGAUAAUCACAAUGAAUCCUGACUUAAGUAGCAAGUUCACAUUUUCCGUCUCCAUCCUCCCUUCAUAAUGCGCCAGACCAGGCUGGCAGUCAGCGUGUGGUCCCUCCUAUGCCUUGGUGCACAUGCAGCUGAUUAUUCGGAUGCAUCGUUGUAUCAGAGCAAGCUAACAGUGGCAGGCAAUAUUCGUUCAGCCAUGCUGGCUUCUAUCAGGACUAGUUGGGAACAAGGAACUGCAGCGGGCGGCAUACUCGAAUUCGAUGAUUCAGAAUACUCUGUCUUUGGAUCUUCCCCAUUUGUUUAUUGCGGGAUAUCCCCCCUCUCAACUCUGCAACUAGCUUAUAGCGCUGCUGUCAGGCAAAGUUCUGACGGUCGCCUCAGCCAAGAAAUCGGUGAUGCUCAAGACGGCGCUGCAUUGGAUGGUGCCUCCGCUGGAUCUGCGGUCCUGCUGGGCAGCUUUACUGAUACAUCUCGGCACAAUUAUUGGUUGAACGCGGCUGACGCCCAACUGAACUUUAUACUCAACGUAGCUCCUCGUACCUCUACUGGAGCUAUUUCUCAUCGUGCUGACUCACGUCAAUACUGGGCAGAUGGCGUCUACAUGGGGUUCCCCUUUAUUGCAUACUUUGGGGCAGUCACCAACAACGCGACUCUCCUUCAGAUUGCAUACGAUCAAUGUCGCUUGUACCGCGAUGCUUUGAUUCUAGACGGUCCCACUGGAAAACUCUGGGGACACAUUUACUCUGACGAUACAAAAGAGUGGAUAGAUGAAGGUAUCUGGGGAACUGGUAAUGCGUGGGCAGCACUUGGCAUGCUACGUGUCGCAGUGACGAUCCAGAAGACCGAGCACUCUUCAAUGAUGGCUUCUCAGAUUGCUGCUCUUACCUCAUGGAUAAAGGAAAUUCUAGACGGCGAAUUCGCUGCCCUGACGUCAGACAAUUUGAUUCCGGACUAUAUCACCGGGGGUCCGUCCUUCUCUGAUGCAGCGUCCUCCGCUGCCCUCGCCUCUGUGGCAUAUCGGGUUGCACAUUUAUACCCCCAUCAAUUCGGCUCAAACUACACAGAUGUGGCUGCGAAAAUACGAAAUGCCGUUGUGGGCAAUAUCACGAACCUCGGGACCCUGCAGCCUAUAGUCGAUCCCUUGGCUUGGACUCAAACAGGAUUGCUGAGUACAGAGUCACAGGCAUUUGGGCUGAUGAUGUUCGCGGCAUGGAGAGACUGGAUUGGCGUCUGAAAUUUGAAAGCCAAAGCAUUUUUUUUCUUCUCCC